CCAAAGUUGGCCAUAAAGCAGAUAUGAAAGGAAUAUUAAUAAAUACUUUAUGCAAAUUAGAGGCCUUGUAUAGUAAAGUAUCUGGAGGUUUAGGUUCUUUUGGUCUAUCGAUAGCAAGUAGAAAGAAAAAUGAUGAAGACAGAAAAUCUCUAGUUCUAUAUAGAUUUAUACAAGAUGGACUUGAAAUAAAUAUUUAUGCAAUGUUUUGGUUUGAAGAAAUUUAUCUUUUUGGUAGAAUUAACUUUUGCAUGGUUCCAUCAGAGAAGGAUAAUAGUUAUUAUUUGAAGAUAUUUACUGUGUUCUUAAAGAACUCGAA